CACCGAUCGCAAAUUUCGCCAAAACCUUGACCAAAGGAGCCUAUGAUGAAACAUGAUAUCGUCAGGGCUUAUAGGAAGAGCCUCUCUUGCGUACCGCCUUUCUCGACGUUGUCAACUGCACCCACCGUUUAGUCAUUCUAAAACCAGAUCACAUAGUACUCUGCGACAAACCACGUCAGCAGAAACAACAGAAGCUAGCAAAAUCGCACCAGCAACCACCUCCGAGAAGUCGAUACCAGGACCGAUAUGGGCCUGGACAGAAUCAUUAAAUUCAUACACGCGCAUGCACGCACGGCGACCGCAUACAGUUCAACUUGUCUCUACUCUAAUAAUCUACCUUGUUGGCGACUUGACCGCACAGAGCAUAGCCCCUACACCACAAGAGAACGAUGGUGAUACUGCCUGGAGGGUUUCAUGGUACGACUUGCCUAGGACAGGGCGCGCGCUACUGAUCGGGGGUCUGGCAGCCAUUCCAGGAUACCACUGGUUUCUAUUUCUGUCUCGCAACUUCAAUUAUUCCUCAAAGGCAGGUAGCAUUGCUCUCAAAGUACUCAUCAACCAGACAUUCUUUACGCCAAUAUUCAAUACAUACUUUUUCGGCAUGCAGAGUCUGCUAUCUGGCGCUGGAUGGGACGAUAUUGUGAAAAGGGUGGAACAUACGGUUCCUAGAAGUUGGUACAACAGCUGGAAGCUGUGGCCUGCAGUGACGGCGUUCAGUUUUGCAUUUAUCAAGCUAGAGCUUAGAGGACUGUUCGCAGGAGUCAUCGCAAUAGGAUGGCAGACGUACCUAUCUAUCCUAAAUCAACGUGCAGCUAGGCUAGAGGUUACCAUGAAGGGGGAAAGCGACAGUGUCACUAACGUUGGGAAACCACAACAUGCAUGAAUCAAUGUUUUAUAGAGCAUGACAGAAGCAAUCUGGAGCAGGGAGUUUCUCAUUCACAAUGUACCGCAAACGCAUAAGACAAAUUACCCAACGAAUUAUGAGGCAAAGCUAACCAGAGAAGACGUAGGGAAUAGUGCAAGAGUAAGGGCUAGAUCGGAUCGGAUCAAUGUCCAUUGUUUCAUGAUAACUAAUGUACACCCUCCCAGCACCGAUGUGGUGCAAUCAUGAUGUUUAAAACCAACC